AGUGCCACGCCGCGGUACCAGAAGGUGGGCCCAGGCAUCUCCAACAUCAUGGGUACUCUGCCUCCCCAUUCAUGGCAGGUGGGCCGCGGGAAGGACGCCGGGACCUACCAUGGUGCCAACGGCACCAACGGGUCGAACGGCGGAACGUACAGCGGGAUCUUUGGCAGGAGCGGCACGGCGGCCUCGUCGUCUUCCCGCCCGCGUGCCGGCAGGGAGUCCAGGCCGGCACAGCUGCUGGAGGACGGCGUGUCCUACCAGGGGGAGUGGUGCGGCGCUCUCCGCGACGGGGAAGGCAUCGCCACGCUCCCUGACGGUGGCAGGUUCGAAGGCCAGUUCGUGCAGGACAGAGCCGAGGGCUUCGGCACUUUCACGAAGUCUAGCGGCGACGUCUACGAAGGCCAGUGGGUGAACAACCAGGCCGAUGGCGAAGGCGUGUACAAGGGCCGGGAUGGGCGCAUGUACAACGGCCAGUGGCAGUGCGACACUCAGGAGGGCAUGGGCACGGAGACGUCCGCAGACGGAACCAAAUACAGUGGUGGCUUCAGGCAAGGCAAGAAGCACGGCAUGGGUAGAUUCAUUUGGCAGGACGGUUCCAUGUACGAUGGCCAGUUCCUCGACAACAGCAUACACGGGGAGGGCGUGUACAUCUGGUGCAACGGCCGCAAGUACGAGGGCCAAUGGCGGAAGGAGCGGAUGCACGGCAAAGGGAGAUACUACUUUGCCAAUGGGUGCACGUACGAUGGCGAGUACACGAACGAUCACAAAAGUGGACAAGGCAUCUUCACUUGGGCCGACGGCCGCAUAUAUCCAGAUCGCCUUGCGUGGAGAAUGGGCAAGCAGCACGGGUACGGCGUGAUGACCAACUCCGACGGCCUGGAGAAGCGUGGCCUGUGGGAGGAUGGCCGCUGGGUCGCCGACCACCCUGGCCACCGCUGAGCGGGCCUCGCCGACCGCCGGCCUCGGCCUCGACAGCCCGCGGCCACUCCCUCCGCUGAUGCAGCGCGACGGCUCCGCCGCCGCUGCCGCUCUCCUGCCCUCGUCGCACUCCUCCUCGGCUCGUCGUCCUCCUCCUUUGGCACUGCUCCUGCCCCCCCG